ACUCACAUCCAAUCUGCUGCGACAGAGGAAGAGGGCUUGUUUUUGAAAAUAUUGGCGCUAUGACCGGCUAUCUAGCUAGCUUUCCUAGCGAAUUUGUUAUUCCAAUACGAGCUACUUGUGUCUCAUUAGAAAACGUUACCGUGGUAAAAUAAAAGAUAACCGUCACUGACAUAAGCAACACAACAAUCACAGCAGAGGGACCACAAUGGCAAGUGACGUGUGCAGCCACGUUAAGGUGGUUGUUCGGGUGAGGCCAACCAGCGAGAGUGAGAAACUUGAAAACAGAAAUGUGGUCCAGGUUGUUGAUAACCACAUGCUCAUAUUUGACCCCAAGGAAGAGGACAUAUCAUGUUUUGGGUCACAAAGAGUACGAAGAAGAAAUAUCAACAAGAGGGCUAAUAAAGACCUUAAGUUUGUAUUUGACCAUGUCUUCGGCGAGAACUCUACUCAAGUUGACAUCUUUGAAAGCACCACUAAAGGAGUGUUGGACGGUUUGAUGAAUGGAUUUAACUGCACAGUGUUCGCGUAUGGUGCUACUGGAGCCGGCAAGACGCAUACUAUGCUAGGCUCACAAAAUGACCCUGGGGUCAUGUACCGCACCAUGACAGAGCUGUUCAAACGCAUGGAUGAUGCCAAGGAGGAGAAAGAGUUUGCUGUUGCAUUCUCAUAUCUUGAGGUUUACAAUGAACAGAUCAGAGACUUGUUGGCUAAUGCAGGCCCCCUUGCAGUCAGAGAGGACAGCUCUAAAGGAGUGGUUGUUCAGGGCCUCACACUGCAUCAGCCCAAAUCUGCAGAGCACAUUCUUGAGGCUUUGGAUUCUGGCAAUCGCAACAGGACACAGCACCCCACUGACAUGAAUGCCACCUCUUCCCGGUCCCAUGCUGUAUUUCAGAUAUUUUUAAGACAGCAGGACAAAAUCGCCAGCCUCAAUCCUAAUGUCUGUGUCGCCAAAAUGAGCCUGAUUGAUCUGGCAGGCUCGGAGAGAGCCAGCGCCACAAACGCCAAAGGGGCACGUUUGCGGGAAGGUGCUAACAUUAAUCGCUCACUCCUUGCCCUAGGAAAUGUUAUCAAUGCUCUUGCUGACCCAAAGAGUAAGAAGACUCAUAUACCGUACAGGGACAGCAAGCUGACGCGACUACUUAAAGACUCUUUGGGGGGCAACUGCAGGACGGUUAUGAUUGCCAAUGUUAGCCCAUCAUCCAAGUCAUAUGAUGACACCCACAACACACUGAAGUAUGCCAACAGGGCCAAGGAGAUUAAGUCCUCGCUGAAGAGCAAUGUUGUAAGCCUGGACAGUCACAUUGGCCAGUAUGCAGUGAUAUGCGAGAAGCAACGGCAAGAGAUUCUGCAGUUGAAGAACAAACUAAAAGAAUAUGAGGAGAAGAACAGGGUGCCUGGGGCUUCUAACAUGAUUACUUCCCAAAAUCAAGCAGAGUUCAAAAGGGUGUCUGAAGCGCUGCAGCAAAUCUUCUCAGACCGUGCCCAAAUCAGGAAGGAACAGCUGGAUCUGGAGAGACAACUGAAGGAGAAUGAGCUGCGCCAGCGGUACAGUGAGGAGGACAACCUGCAGGUCCAAUAUUUCUGUGCCAAAGAAAAGACUGAGAAGGCCACGUGUAAGCACGAGCGGAAGAUUGCCGCCUUACGCACUCAGCAGCAACACAUUCGCAAACGUUUAAAGGAGGCAGAAACACGUUUCCUGGACAAUGACGGCUGGCUUCAUCGUGCUGAGAAUGAUAUUAAGCUGCUGAAGUCGAGUGAUCAGACCUCAGAGGUGUUAGAUAAGAACCUACAUUGCCACAGACUGGAGCUGCAGGUUAAUGAUCUCAAACAACACAUCAAGCAGAUGGUCGAGCUCACUGCACUGCAGGAUCGGGAGAACAGGCGUAUGCAGAAAAUGGUGAACCUCUUGCUGCCAAGUUAUAGCCGGCACUACUCUGCGUUGCAGGCGGCUGGGCAGGUCACAGCUGCAGAUGAGAUGGAGAACUAUGAACUAGAGCACCUUGUGUUGAGGGAGAGAGGCGUGGUCUGGGCAGACCAGGAAGGGGUGGGGCAACAGCUGAAAGGUGAAGGGAUCGGAAAGGAGUCACAGGAGACAAAUGAGGUGGGCCGCAGCGAGUUGGCACCUGUCUUGUCUUUCUCACAUCUGCUAUACCACCAGAGUAGCCCCUGCAGUGCAGAGGGGCGCACAAAAAGAACAUCACUGUUCAAUGCUGCUCCAUCACCAAAAGGUGGAGGUAAACAGACAGAUAUGAAACCGGAACCACUGCGCAGAAUGCCCAUCAGGAGAAAUUUGUCUGCGUCAUUGCCACCGCAAAGCCCCCGGACCGCCGCCAAGGCCCAGGUGUUUGAGGAAGGGAUGUUCCCACUCCAGUGCACACCAGAACCUUCUCAAAAAACUGUUCAUGCCCUGCCACAAAGCUCCUCUAGCACCGUGGAUCCCAACGUGACAUUUGAAGUUCUGGACAAUGAAGAUCAAACUGCAAGCAAUGCAACCAUUAUAAUAAGUAGUGGUAGUCCCUGUCGAGCCUCAACGUCAACAGACUUCUCAGUUCCCAGUCAACUACUCCAUCCUCCCAAGGCCAAUGACGGGAACAAGAUUCCUACCAAAAGACAACAGAUCCUGUCUUUACCUGGCUUAAGGCGGGCCAACCCAACUUACAUGCACAUGACGUCUGCUGCACAAGGGAAGCGUAAAGUUAACUGCAGCAUCCAAGAAGAGUUAACACAGGGUUUCUCUGCACCGAAACGCAUAAAGAAAGAUGCCUCAGUGGCCCGCGCACCACUCAGAGUGCAUCGUUUUGCUGUUUCAGAGGAGAACAAGCCUCGAAGAGUUGUGAGGAGCGUUUCUGAAGGAAAUCUGCUUGAACCUCAGAAAUCCAAGUCCAUUUUCUAUAAAACGUCCCAACAGUUCAAACGAGUGACCAAACGGAUGUAAUAUUGUGAAACAUGGUGUUUGAAUCACGACAUUUUGCCUUUAUGAACAUUUUCACUCUCCAUCCUUUUCCAUCUAAAUUCAUCUUUUCAAAAUACUGUAUAUAAUAUUAAAAUAUACAUUAAAACACUCAUACUAACAGCAAAUAAAUAAAAAAUGUCCUGUGGAUGUUCAUUUGAUGAAUACGUGUACAUUGUUUUUGAACGAUUGUCUAAAAAAACAAUUGGUCCUGUAGGUGACCAUAUUUUCCCAGGCAGCUAAUAUCAGAGGAAGAUUAUACAUGACCUCAAACAGAGGUACAGCUGCACACAAAAAAACUGACACUGCUCUACACUGAGCUGUUGGAAUGUUUUAUCCUUUUUUUUUUCUCUUGUACAGUUCAUAACAUGGGGUUAUAGAUAUUUUUUAAUAAAAGUGCUUGUAACAUAAUCUGUCUGUUUUCAAAUAAUUAAAUCCCUUUCUAAAAUGUA